AUGGAUAAAGCACUGAAAGAGGUAUUUGACUACAGCUAUAGAGAUUACAUCCUGUCCUGGUACGGGCCACUCAGCAAAGAUGAAGGGCAGCUGUACCAGCUGCUAUCUGAAGACUUCUGGGAGAUGGCCAAGCAGCUGCGGCAGAGGUUGAGUCACAUUGAUGUAGUUAAAGUCGUCUGCAAUGAUGUAGUGAAAACUUUACUCUCACACUUCUGUGACCUUAAAGGAGCCAAUGCCAGGCAGGAAGAUCCACUGAGACCUUUUUUGCUGCACCCAUGCCUGAGGAGCUCUGAUGAAGAAGUAAGAUUCCUGCAAAAAUGUUCUCAAAUUCUGGUGUGUUGUCUCCUAUCCUCAAAGGAUGUCCACUCUGUCAGCUUGCGCAUAGUCCUUGCAGAAAUCCUUGCAACAAAAGUACUGAAACCAGUGGUGGAAUUGCUGAGUGAUCCAGAUUAUAUUAACCAAAUGCUGCUCAGCCAGCUGGAGUACAGAGAACAGAUGAAUGAGCAUCAGAAGAAAGACUACACAUAUGCUCCUUCUUAUGAAGAGUUCAUCAAGCUCAUUAACAGCAGCUCUGAUGUUGAGUUCCUGAAACAACUGAGGUAUCAGAUUGUAGUGGAAAUAGUUCAGGCAACCACAAUCAGCAAUAUUCCCCAAGUGAAGAGGCAGAAAGGAAAAGAAACUGCAGCAAUGAAAGCUGACCUACUGAGGGCUCGCAAUGUGAAGAGGUAUAUCAAUCAGCUGACGGUGGCAAAGAAGCAAUGUGAGAAGAGAAUAAGGCUUCUGGGAGGCCCUGCUUAUGAGCAGCAGGAAGAUGGCAUUUCUGAGGAAGGUGAUGGUCCUCAGAGUCAGAAGAUUCUUCAGUUUGAAGAAAUUUUGGCCAACCCUUCUUACCGAGAGCACUUCCGAAUCUACAUGGAAAGGAUGGACAAGAUGGCUUUGAUUGGUCUUUGGGAGUCUGUGGAGUAUCUGAAGAAUGCUAACAAGGCUGAAAUACCUCAGCUGGUGAGUGAAAUUUAUCAGAAUUUUUUUGUGGAAAGCAGAGAAAUACCUGUGGAAAAAUCCCUUUAUAAAGAAAUUCAGCAAAGUCUCGUGGGAAAUAAAGGCAUUGAAGUAUUCUACAGAAUUCAGGCAGAUGUUUAUGAAACUCUAAAGGACAGAUACUACCCCUCAUUUAUUGUCAGUGAUUUAUAUGAGAGAUCAGUUAAGAAGGAAGAAGAAAGAAGUUCUGCUCAGCUAACUCCUGAGGACAAAGAUGAAGUGGGGCAUAGAAGCCAAAGUUGUGAAGAAACUACUGAAGAAUGCAGCACAAGAAUUAAUGAACAGGCCAGUUAUGCUGUAAAUAAGCUUCGCCAGCUAAAUGAUAAGCUUGAGUAUAAAAAACAGGCUCUAAAUUCUAUAUGUAAUUCGCCAAAACCCGACAAAAAGAUUGUUUCUAAGCUGAAGGAUGAAAUUACUCUGAUGGAGAGAGAGCACAAUGACCUUCAGCUGCACAUUGCAAGAACGGACUGCUGGUGUGAGAAUCUCGGCAUGUGGAAAGCCCUCAUUGUCUCGGGAGAGGUUUUGGAAGAGAAUGGAGAACAAGUGCCCUGUUACUCUGUCAUGGUGAGUUUACAAGAAGUUGGUGGAGCUGAAACUAAGAACUGGACUGUUCCCAGGAAGCUCAGCGAGUUUCAGAACCUACACCGGAAACUCAGUGAGUGUUUUACAUCAUUAAAGAAAGUUCAGUUGCCUUCCCUCAGCAAACUGCCCUUCAAAUCCAUAGACCAGAAAUUCAUGGAGAAAUCCAAGAACCAGCUCAAUAACUUUCUACAGAAAUUGCUCUCUGAUGAAAGACUCUGCCAGAGUGAAGCACUUUAUGCCUUCUUAAGCCCUUCCCCAGAGCACCUCAAAGUUAUUGAUGUGCAAGGAAAGAAGUCAUCUUUUUCACUCUCCUCAUUUCUAGAACGACUUCCUGGUGAUUUGUUUUCUCAUCAAGAGGAAGAAACAGAAGAGGACAGUGACCUGUCGGACUAUGGAGAGGAGGUGGAUGGGAAAAGGGACUCUCUUGCUGAACCGUGUUUCAUGCUGAUUGGAGAGAUUUUUGAGCUGCGAGGAAUGUUCAAGUGGGUCAGAAAAACAUUAAUUGCACUAGUACAAGUCACUUUUGGAAGAACUAUCAACAAGCAAAUCCGUGACACUGUACACUGGAUGUUCAGUGAACCAAUGCUUGUUUAUUACAUUGGUGUGUUUCGAGAUGCUUUUUGGCCAAAUGGAAAGUUAGCACCACCACCAAGAGCCAAAAGUGAGGAACAAAAGCAAGAGACAAAACAGAGAGCACAGCAGAAACUACUUGAAAACAUUCCAGAUACUCUGCAGAGUCUUGUUGGACAACAAAACGCCCGUCAUGGUGUAGUGAAAGUGUUCAACGCGUUGCAAGAAAGAAAGGCUAACAAGCAUCUACUCUAUGUUUUGCUGGAACUGCUGCUAACUGAACUGUGUCCUGAGCUAAAAGCUCAUUUAGAGCAGCUUAAUGCCACUUAGGUUUGAACCUGCACAAUUGGACCACUAGAGAAAUGUCUAUGUCCAAUAAUAGACAUGAAACUUAUUUUCCUCUUUUCCAUAGAGGGCUGAGGACUACAACUAUUUUUAGCUUUUUUUUUUCCUCUUAAGUUUUUUGUGAAGUAAACAGAAUUGAAAAGAUCUGAUGCUGUAGUAGGGUAGACAAAACAAUGCUGUAUAGUUGCCAAUUUUUAUUUAAAUUGUUCUAUUUGACUACUCUUCUGUUUCAAAUAUAGAUCAAAAAAUAAAUGUUCAUAUAAGCUGAAAGAAACCAGAAAAUAUUUUAAACAUUUAUGAAAAUAAAUUUUGCUUAUAGUGGUAAACUGAUGAAUGUUGUACAGUUCUAAUCUCCUCACUGAGGAUUUGAGCAUUCCUUUUUUCUUGUGUAUUGAAAAUGCCUUGUUGUGCAAUACCACAUGUAAAGCUAUUGUGAAAAUUUGAUCCAUUCUGUUUUUACCAAAGAUUUCCCGUAGUUUGAAGCAUUUGUAAGCAAUAAAUAACACAACUGGAUUGCAGUACU